GUCAAUCAUAAAACACGCAGCUUAACUUUGCUCUUACCCACUCACAUCCGGAGUCCCAAGACAGGCAGAGCCCCUUCACAAACGAGGACUAGACCAACCCAGGCAAAAUGGUGAAAGUCGGUAUCAAUGGAUUCGGCCGCAUCGGUCGUCUGGUGACCCGUGCUGGUUUCCACUCCAAGAAGGUGGAGAUUGUCGCUAUCAAUGACCCCUUCAUCGACCUGGAGUACAUGGUCUACAUGUUCCAGUAUGACUCCACCCACGGCCGCUACAAAGGCGAGGUGAAGGUUGAGGGAGACAAGCUGGUCAUCGAUGGACACAAAAUCACAGUUUUCCACGAGAGGGACCCCGCCAAUAUUAAAUGGGGUGAGGCUGGUGCAGAGUAUGUGGUGGAGUCCACUGGUGUGUUUACCACAAUUGAGAAGGCCUCUUCUCACUUGAAGGGUGGUGCCAAGAGAGUCAUCAUCUCUGCACCCAGCGCUGACGCUCCCAUGUUUGUCAUGGGUGUCAACCACGAGAAGUAUGACAAGUCCCUCAAGGUUGUCAGCAAUGCUUCCUGCACAACCAACUGCCUGGCACCUCUGGCCAAGGUCAUCAAUGACAACUUUGGCAUCAUUGAGGGCCUGAUGAGCACAGUUCACGCCAUCACUGCUACCCAGAAGACUGUGGAUGGUCCCUCUGGCAAGCUGUGGAGGGAUGGCCGUGGCGCCAGCCAGAACAUCAUCCCCGCUUCUACUGGUGCUGCUAAAGCUGUCGGCAAAGUCAUCCCUGAGCUCAAUGGCAAGCUGACUGGCAUGGCCUUCCGUGUGCCCACCCCCAACGUGUCGGUGGUUGACCUGACAGUCCGUCUGGAGAAACCAGCCAAAUACGAUGACAUCAAGAAGGUUGUGAAGGCUGCCGCUGAUGGACCCAUGAAGGGCAUUCUGGGAUACACAGAGCACCAGGUCGUGUCCACAGACUUCAACGGCGACUGCCAUUCAUCCAUCUUUGAUGCCGGUGCUGGCAUCGCCCUCAACGACCACUUUGUCAAGCUGGUCACAUGGUAUGACAAUGAGUUUGGAUACAGCAACCGUGUCUGCGACCUGAUGGCCCACAUGGCUAGCAAGGAGUAAACUUGGCUGUCGCUGAACUGUCGCAUAGCCCACAUUCUUCUUAGUCCUGAGUUACAAAUGUACAAAAAGGCAUUGUAUUCUCUGUGACUCUGGUUUCAUCAUGUAGCCAUCCCCAUAAUACGCCUGAGGAAAGGUCCCACAUAGAGCAAAAGAAGAUUUAAAUUGGAGACCAAUGCUUUUCUUUUUUUCUUUUCUAUUUUUCAAAUUCCCUGUUCUGUUCUUGGGUUUGGAGUAAAGGUGUGAAUGUAUUUGCUUGUCUGUAGUACUGAAGUACUGCAGUGGUGGAAUAAAGUCCUUCGUUUGUGAGA